AUGAGAAUAAUAGUUUCACCCGUCUCACCUGUUAGUCCCACUAUCACCAAUAAGAUACUAUUAAAUAGUUUGAGUUUACUUAUCGACAUGGUGAGGUUUACAAACAUAGCUGUGAGGUACAUGAUCAUCUCUGAGAAUGUUGAGACUGACUAUUUCCCUACGAUAUCCAGUGUGAUGCGAUUGUCAACUUGUGCCGCUGUUGUCAUCUCUCUCGUUCAUCACUGUGAGAAGGCAUAUCGAGAAAGAGAUAGAAUUAUUUGUAUUUUGGACCAUUACCUCGUCAUGAGAGAACCAAGUAAUGAAGUUCGAUCAGCAUUAAAUGUUUUACGAGAUUUAAUACAAUCAAGAGCUAUCACAUUCCAUAUGGCGUAUUUUUUCCGAUUCGACUAUUCUCUGCUUGUGUCCAUGGCCUCAGUGGUCGUCACUUACACAAUAAUUAUAUUGCAGAGUAUCAAUUAAAUUAUUUGAAAAAAAAAAUGCAAUGUGUAAGAAACAUCUAUCACCUAUCAAUUACUGGUACGCUUACCUUAGUUAUAUUCUAUUUUUUGAGUGCAACUGAGCUCCGAAGAGGUCUUAUGUCAGUCUCCAGAUUCUAUAACAAAUAUUAUAAUAUUGCUAGCCAACUGAAUUUUAACUGUUAAAUACGACUGUGGAUAAACUAUAAUCAAGAAUAUUGAUUUUUAACAAAAUAACGUUAAUAAAAUGAUCUUUUUCAUCUAUUCAGCGGAGGGUAGUUCACACUUUACCUAAGCUUACUCGUACGUGAUUAACACGCUAAAAAGUAUUUGUUUAAGUAAUGUAAGUAAUUGAUACCGAUGAAAUCUUUGUAUUUUGUACGUUUACACCUUUGGUAGUUACUCAUAGUAAGGUGGCCGCACUGUCCUGCUAUAAUACAGUUUCAAACUAGAACGGAGGGUAGAUAAACAAUUUCCU